AUGGGGGCGGCGAACGUGCCGGCGCAGGGAAUGAAGGGCUUAGGUAUUUGGUUGGAACACCCCAACCACACGAACGACAAGCUCGCGGAGGUGUGGAAUCACGCCAAGGCCAAGGAUAAUCCUGUCGCCCUCGGCAAGCCCGACGUGGGCGGUGACUUGGGCCGCGACCCCGUCGGGACCGCAUCCUUGUUCGAUUUGCCGAUCGAGCAUUGGAACUACAGGCCGAGGCAGCAUAUCAAAUCCGUCUUCGAGGUGAUCACUGACGCGCCUGGGAUGGAAGCAGCGGCGUGGGAUGACGCGAAGAAGAUGGUGGCGGAGGGCAGGUGCAAGGACCUGCCGCCCCCUCUCGGCCACAAUGACACAGAGGACGAGCUGCCUUGCACUAUGCACGUGCUGAUUUGCAAGAACCCUGCAGACCCAGAACCGCACGUCAUCCUGAAGCACUUCACGUUUCUCGGCAAUGGGCGCACCAUGGCCGAGAUAAAGGGCGAACUCAUCAUAGGCGACGCUUGUGCGAUCGAUUUCAGGCCAGAUAGUUUCGACAGGUUGCGCACUUUCCAGAUCGUGCUCGAGCGGAUGGGUGGCCUGCUGUCUCGCCAUUGGAGGCGCGGGCGCCCAAGCUCGCUGCGCGGGCCUGUCGACGAGGGCGACGCGGCGCAGAAGCAGAAGGAGUUCGGCGACGCGACGCAGCAUAUCAAGGACGAGGCGCCGCUCGCGAACUGGACUGGCGAGCAGUUGCUGCGGGCGGAGCAAGAGCGCUGCAACCCAGCACCCCCGAUCGCCAACGUGAAAAAGGAGUUUGUCAACAAAGGGCUCCAGAUCCUCAAUGACAGAGACCACUUCGCUGCCAAGGAGACGUACUACCCCUUGCUGAAGGGAGACAUACGCAAAGAGUACAUGCCAGUCGUCGACAGGAUCAUCCGCACACUUCCCGGCAACGCCGCCCUCCUGAUUGGCGAGGCCAAGUUUGGCAAGACGCCGUUGAUGUACAUCAUGGCCAUGGCGUUGGCCAGGUGCCGCGCCGACUGCGUGGGCGAGCAGCGCGGCCGCGCGGUCGCCGCUCCCGCCGUUCGCGUUGCCUCGGAGAUGGACUUCUGCAGAGGAGAGGCUCGGAAGCGCCAUGAAAUCCUUCUUCAGAUCUCCACGAAGGUUGGCGAGACUUGGGCGCCCUGCACGUUCGACGACGGCGACGUGGCCGACCAACGGCCGCGCGCGUUGAAUGCGUUCUUCGACCCGACGCAAGUCGAAGCGAAC